GCAGUUACAACGCUGUUUUUUCAGCAGAUAAGUCACAUCGAUUUGCAUAGGCAGCCGCCCUACGCUGACAGGAAGGAAGAUCGAGCGAGACCCGCGGUGCAGGAAGGGGUGAGGAGCAAACUGAAAGAGAGAAAAAAACCCCACCGGGCUGGAAACGGCGGUGGUGGGCGGCUGGGGAAGCCAGACCCACCUUCCCCAGGCCCCGAGCAUCGCCCCGGCCGCCGGGUCCCAUUGCCUCCGUGGGUGCCCCAGGGGCUGGAGCCACCAGCCGGAGGGGUUUCCAUUUUCUACCUUGAACUUGAGCAUCCGGGCGAGGAAGAAGCAAAGCUCUGGGGAUAAAGGGCUGGGCAGGGGCACGGAGGGGCUCCAUCCUCCCGCCGUGACGAGGAUGCUCUCUCUGCUCUCCUGCUCCCACGCAGACCUGGGAGAGGCGGCACAAAGCCAAGGAACAUGGAUAAAGGCUGAGGAGCCUGGACAGACGCUGUGAGCCGGCCAGGGUGGUCCAUGGGACAGCCGUGCUGCUGCCAACACAGCGCUCCUCGCCCAGCAAUCGCCCAUGUCACGGGAGGCCUCUGAUGGAAGAGGCUUGGAUCAAUCGCUACCGCAAGCAGCUGGUGAGGUCCAUCUCGCCGCAGUUCCUGGAGGAGAUCAUCUGCUACCUGCGGAGGCUGGACCUCCUCACGGCGGAGGAGGCUGGCCGGGCACAGGAGGCGAGCUCCCUGCCCGAGCAGAACCCAUGGUGCAGAAGCACCUGGAGAGCCUCCAAAGCUACUAUGGGAACGGCUUGGAGACGGGGCCCCCCCCGCUGACGGGUCCCCUCCAGCGACUCACAAACCUGCUGCUGGUGGAAGGCUUGACCGAUAUCCAGCAGAAGGAGCAUGACAUCUUGCAGAUUGAAGCCACCAAAGGCCUACGGAACGUAUCCAAGAGCAUCCCUCUGGAGAAGCUCUUCCUGCCUCUCUCCAAGGUCAGCAUUCCACCUCGGAUCUCUGUCACCAUCGGCGUGGCCGGGAUCGGCAAAAGCACACUGGUGAAGCUGUUUGUCUACACCUGGGCAAAGGGGGAGAUCAACAGGGACAUCAUCUUUGUGCUGCCCCUCACCUUCCGGGAGCUCAACACCUACGAGAAGCUCUCCGCCGAGAGGCUCAUCUGCUCGGCGUUCCCUCACAUCACCGAGCCGAACUGCAUCUCAGCAGGAGCCGCCAGGACCCUGCUGAUCCUUGAUGGCUUGGAUGAGUUCAAGACUCCUUUGGAUUUUUCCAACACGGUUGUAUGCACUGAUCCCAAAAAGGAGAUCCAAGUGGACAACCUGAUCACCAACAUCAUACGUGGCAACCUGCUGCAGGAGGCUUCUGUCUGGGUCACAUCGCGGCCAACAGCAGCCAGCCAAAUCCCCGGCGGGCUCGUGGACCGGAUGACAGAAAUACGAGGUUUCAGAGCUGCUGAGAUGAAGGACUUCUUGGACCAGAUGUUCCUUGACAACAGAGACCUGUCCGGCCAAGUCCUGCAUCACAUCAGGGCCAACAGGUCCUUACACGUCAUGUGUACCGUUCCUGGCUUUUGCUGGAUUUCUGGCUCCUCAAUCGGUUACUACCUAAAAAAUAGCACCGACCAACCCCAGGAAACCACCGCUGUCCCCAGGACCCUGUCAGAAAUCUACUCCUAUUAUUUUAAAAUGGCUCUGAGCAGCGACUGGCCGGAAAAACCGAGAGAAACGCUCAGGAUCGAGCAGGCUGUGAACAACAGCAAGAAGAUAGUGGGCAGCCUGGGCAGACUGGCCUUCUAUGGGCUGCUCAAAAAGAAAUACGUGUUUUACGAGCAGGACAUGAAGGCGUACGGCAUCGACCUUUCCUUGCUGCAGAGCAGCUUGUGCAGUCGGCUCCUGCUCAAAGAGGAGAUGCAGUCCUUCACAGCCUACUACUUCUCCCACUUAACCAUACAGGAGUUCCUGGCGGCUGUUUACUAUUACACGGCUGCGAAGCGGGCGAUAUUUGACCUCUUCACGGAGAGUGGGAUGUCCUGGCCCAAGCUGGGCUUCCUCAACCACUUCAAGAGCGCUGUUCAGAGGUCGCUGCAGGCAGAAGACAGGCAGCUGGACAUCUUUGUGCGCUUUCUCUCUGGGCUCCUCUCCCCGCAGGUGAACAAGCUGCUCUCUGGGUGGCUGCUGGUGAAGGAUGAGCACAACAGCUUCAGGAGCCAAGCGAUCAGCUUCCUCCAGGGCUGCCUGAACACCGACUACGCCAUCUCCUCGCGGACAGUGAACGCCAUGCACUGCCUGUACGAAAUCCAGCACACGGAGAUCGCGAAGACUGUGGAAGAAGCAAUGAAGAAUGAGAGCUUGGCCGGGAUGCUCACCCCCGUGAACUGCUCUGCCCUGGCUUAUCUCCUCCAGGUCUCGGACAUCUGCAUGGAGGAGACAAACCUCUCGAACUGCCUCACCUACAACGUCUGUAAGAGCCUGCUCUCCCAGCUCCUUUUCUGCCACAACCUCAGGCUGGACAAUAACCAGUUUAAGGACAACGUGAUGGAGCUGCUGGGCAGCGUGCUGAGCGUGAAGGACUGCCAGAUCCAGAAGCUCAGCUUGGCAGAAAAUCAGAUCAGCAACAAGGGAGCCAAAGCGCUGGCCAGGUCGCUGAUGGUGAACAGGAGCCUGACGGUGCUGGACCUGCGGAGCAACUCCAUCGGCCCCGCUGGAGCAAAAGCACUGGCUGAUGCACUGAAAAAAAAUCAAGUCCUGCUCUCCCUGAACCUGCAGCACAACACCAUCAAGGAGGACGGUGCCACCUUCCUGGCCGAGGCCCUGCUGACCAACCACAGGCUGGUGACCCUGCACCUGCAGAAAAAUGCCAUCGGAGCCCACGGUGCCAGGAAAAUAGCGGAGGCGCUGAAACAGAACUGCAGCCUGAAGGAGCUGACGCUGUCCAGCAACUCGGUAGGAGACCACGGCUCGGUUGCCUUGGCCGAAGCUCUGAGGGUGAACCACAGUCUGCAAAGCCUCGAUCUCCAGAGCAACUCCAUCAGCAGCGCUGGGGUCACCGCGCUGACAGCGGCUCUCUGCUCCAACAAGGGACUCCUCAACCUCAACAAGGAGGGGGGCCCCGCCAUCGCCCGCGCCCUGCGGACCAACAGCACCCUCAGGAAGCUGGACUUAGCGGCGAACCUGCUGUACGACGAAGGUGGCAAGGCCAUCGCUUUAGCGAUGAAGGAGAACCGGGCGCUCACAUCCCUCCACUUGCAGUGGAACUUCAUCCAGGCAAAAGCUGCCACGGCCCUGGCACAAGCACUACAGUCCACAAGGAGCCGGGCCAGCCUCGACUUGCAGGAGAACGCCAUCGGAGACGAGGGAAUGGCUGCCCUCUCCGCUGCGCUGAAGGUCAACACAACCCUGGCAGAUCUCCACCUGCAGGUGGCUUCAGUUGGUGCGGCUGGUGCCCAAGCCCUGGCAGAAGCCUUGAUGGUCAACAAGAGCCUGCAGACCCUGGACUUGCGGGGAAACUCCAUUGAGGUGGCAGGGGCCAAGGCGAUGGCCAACGCACUGAAGGUGAACCGCAGCCUCCGCCGGCUCAACCUGCAGGAAAACUCCCUGGGCAUGGAUGGAGCCAUCUGCAUCGCCACCGCCCUGAAAGGCAACCACGGCCUCACCUAUGUGAACCUGCAGGGGAACCGCAUCGGCCAGUCGGGAGCCAAGAUGAUCUCCGAUGCCAUCCGGACAAACUCACCUGACUGUGUUGUGGACAUAUGAGGGUGCCUGGCCGCAGCAAGGAGGCCUGGAGGGUCCCUUGGGCCAGCGUGCCUCCGCAGGGAGCUGCUCGCCCCUCCGCCCGCCCAUCUCGGGGAGGAGAGCUGAGGCAAGGAGAGCUCCUGAGCUCCCUGGUGCAGCCCAGGAGGACCUGGGGCCUCCGACCAGCAGUGCCGGAGGGUCAAGGCUCGCUUGUGUUGGAAGCUGAGGGAUGUGCGACCAUGUCCCCAUUCAUCCAGGCCCUGGGGGAGCUUCGAAGAGUGGGUGAAAUGCAAACAGGAGGGAGGAGGGGGCAGAUCCCACGUGCCAGCCCUUCUUGUUUUCGUGGGUGACUUACCUGCCAAUGCCGGUGGCAGCGACCCCCUCCUGUGAUCUCCAUGGGGUUACAGCGCUGUGCUCGGACCCUGCCCCAGACCGGGCACAUCCUGACCGCCCCAGAGCUCUGCUCUCGUCCCAGCCCGAGUCGCUGCGGGCAAACGUUGCAGCACCCCAGCCGGG